CCUUCAUGAGCGUGAUGAGGUAAGUGGUACGUACCAGGGUACGCACCUAGCGCGCGGUGCGGGGCCGUGAGUAAGCUUGCCCUCGUGGGCCGUGGCCCAUCAACUAGACUGACUGCAGCAGCAGCAGCUCUAGUUCGAGGGUCGCAGGCAGUCUGCGCAUCAUUCGCUCCCAGGUGCCCUGGACCAGCCAGGUUCCAGGUUGAGGGAGGUUUCACCCAAAACGCCGUAGCUGAGAAAUACACAUUCACUUUUAACCCCGAAACCUGACCAAGCUUGCCCACUCUGUCCCAAUACUUUCUUCAACCCCCAUCGGGCAACAACGCAAUCCUCUUCUUCCACUUUUCUCGUCGCCCUCACAGUCUCUUUUUUUCCUCGCUCAACCACCAACGCGACGAACUUGGAAUAUCGAUUCACACAAGCCGACCGCUACGAUGGCAUCUGAUCACCAUGGAGCUGCGGUAGAGCUCAAGGACAACACCGUCAUUGUUGUCCUUGGUGCCUCUGGCGAUCUCGCUAAGAAGAAGACCUAUCCUGCGCUCUUCGGACUGGACAUCCGGAUCGUGGGUUAUGCCAGAACCAAAAUGGACCACGACGAGUACAUCCGCCGCAUCAAGUCGUAUAUCAAGACCCCAACGAAGGAAAGCGAGCAGCAGCUUGAGGAGUUCUGCUCCAUCUGCACAUACGUUUCCGGCCACGUUUUCACCAUUGUUUCACAGCAUCUCAAGAGGUGCUGCUACCCCUCCAGGGGCGUUGCGCGUGUUAUUGUCGAGAAACCCUUUGGCAAGGACUUGGCAAGCUCUCGAGAACUGCAAAAGUCUCUUGAGCCUGACUGGAGGGAAGAAGAGCUCUUCCGUAUCGACCAUUAUCUCGGCAAGGAGAUGGUGGAACAUUCUUAUUCUGCGUUUCGGCAACUCCUUCCUGGGCGCUACCUGGAACAGGCAUCACAUCGACAACGUCCCAGAUUACAUUCAAGGAACCUUUCGGCACCGAGGGUCGUGGUGGUUACUUCGACGAGUUCGGCAUCAUCCGCGAUGUCAUGCAGAACCAUUUGUUGCAGGUUCUUACGCUGCUUGCCAUGGAGCGCCCCAUCUCUUUCUCCCGCUGAAGAUAUCCGUGAUGAGAAGGUGCGGGUCCUCCGCGCCAUUCCGGCAAUCGAGCCCAAGAACGUCAUCAUCGGCCAGUACGGAAGGUCGCUUGACGGAAGCAAGCCUGCUUACAAGGAAGACGAUACUGUCCCCAAGGAUUCCCGUUGCCCCACUUUCUGUGCGCUAGUUGCGUACAUCAAGAACGAGCGUUGGGAUGGUGUACCCUUCAUCAUGAAGGCAGGCAAGGCCUUGAACGAGCAGAAGACCGAGAUCCGCGUGCAGUUCAAGGACGUCACAUCGGGCAUUUUCAAGGACAUUCCUCGCAACGAACUCGUCAUGCGCAUUCAGCCCAACGAAAGUGUCUACAUCAAGAUGAACUCUAAGCUUCCCGGCCUGAGCAUGCAGACCGUUGUCACCGAGCUUGACCUCACCUACAGGAGACGCUUCUCCGACCUCAAGAUUCCCGAGGCCUACGAGUCCCUUAUUCUCGACUGCUUGAAGGGCGACCAUUCCAACUUUGUCCGUGAUGAUGAGCUCGAUGCCAGCUGGAGAAUCUUUACCCCUCUGCUUCACUAUCUCGAUGAUAAUAAGGAAAUCAUCCCGAUGGAGUAUCCUUAUGGUUCUCGCGGCCCGGCUGUUCUGGAUGACUUUACGGCCUCGUACGGCUACAAAUUCAGCGAUGCUGCGGGCUACCAGUGGCCCACAACCUCCGCCAUGGGGUCGGGCAUGAAGCUGUAGAUUCGCAACGUCCUCACUAUCCUCCCUUCGCUCCGGAUGAUGGAUAUGCUUUGGUACACGUGGUUCAAUCUGCGUCAUGAGUUGGCAAAGGAAGCAGUUGUAUCACGUCAUGAGCAGAAACGUUGGGACUAGAUCUUGCUUCCAUUUCCCCUGGGGGUUUUCUGCGUUUUCUUUUUAUGUGAUGCUGGGAAAAGCAUUAAAGCAAUUUCAUGAGAGUCAAAAGAGGCAUGUAUGGGUUUAUAGGUAACAGCGGGCAUGGCUGUUGUUAUGUCCUUCACGAUCCGGAGAGAACAAUUUAUGAUGAGGUUCCUUUCUUACUAUAGGUGUUGGGGAUACAGGUAGUGACUCGCUCUUGUGCCUGGGGAUGGUUGAAGACGUGAAGGGAUGUCUUAUCUCAUACUGAGGCCGAAUUUGAGUAGCCAAGUAGUUAGAGAAAGCUUCUUACCUUAAUGGCCAGUACAUUCAUAUUGAG